CCAUAUCGACCUCGCGUUAUUUGCAAUUGAAGCUACUUGGAGCAAUGGAUUCCUAUUUCAAAAUACACCACCGAAUAAUCAAAAGAAGAAGAGAUGCAAAUUAAACUUAUUGCUGUACUUCACGUGUUGAUGUUGACUCACAGAUUCAGUGGCGUAGCCUGUUUGAUGCGGAAGUGCCUGUUAGAAAAGGACCUGAAGGGUAAGAAUGGGAUGGAAAAAGAAGUUAUUUUGCAAGUCGCUAUGGAACGCCAUGUUUCAAAUCAAGGUGGUGGCGAUUACGAGCACCGCCAAGCCACACAGCACAUCCUGAUUUUUUUAAGAAAUAAUUGACCGUCAAUAUUUCUACAUAUGCAUACAGACGUUCAAGACGCAAGAGCGAUUUGUUUGACUGAUGCCAAUCGACUGUAAGUUGAGUUUCUUUCAUACGAACUAAACGACCUACCAGCUCCAGUACAAUUUGGCGA